CCCCGCCGUGCCGACCCGCGGCGGGUGUAGGCCGGGCCUGCCUUCCUGGGGCCUGAGGGCCCCUGAGGUUUUAACGCUGCUCUUGUAGCUCUUUUCUCUGGCGUCACUUCUUGGAGUUAUCCUUCCAAGAGGGAUGCUAAGGUGCUGAUCACUGUAGAUUUCAUGAUAGUUCUUAUCGUUUCUUUCUUUCUUUUUCCAUUCUGGUUUUCUCCUCUGCACCUUGAGGGCAGGGCAGUUCGGGGUGGCUGCCUGCUCUGAGGCUCAGCGCAGCGGGGUUCUGAUCUUGGUGAGUCCAUAUUUUAUGAUGUACUGAAAUAAGGAGCCUGGCUCGUGGGGCUGAGGAAGGCUUCUAAUGGACGUGAAGUGAGUUGCUUUGCCAUAAUGUGAGAAGAGUCUGUAAAUGUUCCUGAGGUGUUGAUCUAGUGUGGCAGAUGGGAUGUGACAUCUAGCUUAUUUUUAACCAUGAGAUCUUUAGUGGUAACCCAUCCAAGUACUUCUGUGUAUGGGAUCUGUUGAGUUAUGGCCUGAACCACUCAUUGAGCACCUGGGGAAAGGACCCGGUCAGCCCUGGGAGCACAGGUGGAGGCAGUUCAGCUAUGAGACUUGAAGGGGUGGAGUCUGGCUGCACCUCUGUUAGACUUCAUUUAAGGGCUGACUGCCACUGGGGCAGGAUCUCUGGUUAGAGAUCUGUCUGUUGUGGGCUUUUCCCUGCGAGCCUGCAUCUUCAGAGAUGGGUGAGCACUUCUCCUUUUCUUUUGUAACAUCAUUCCAUUUGUGCUGGUCUCUUUGCUACUACUCUCCUCUAUUGCCUUUCUAUCUGCAUUGACCCUUCUGAUUUUUACUUUCUGAUUUUUACAGUCUGUUUUUAAUUAUGUAGAAAUUCCUAUACAUUUUGGCCCAAGUCUUCUGUGCUACCAUUUAAGCCUAUUACAUCUUGACUUAUCCAUUGUGGCCACAAGAAGCAGGUUACAUCUGACCUCUUUCUCUUUGCAGCAGCCAUUUACGUGCUUAAGAGUUCUUAAGAUGUCCCCAGACUUAUUUUCUUUAUAUCAGAUGCCCUCAGUCAAUCUUUUCUUCCUAGUCUUUAGGGCUCUGAUUACUUCUGUUGUUCUCAGGGUUCAUUCAGUAGUUCUUUGUACUCUCUCAGAUAUAAGCUCAGUUGACAUCAUGCUUUAGGUUACUGUGGAGUGAAACCUUGAUUUGUUUUCAACUCUAAACUGUAUGUAAUUAGAGCAGAGUUGAGUUGGUAGGAAUGAAUUUGAGAGUCUUGAAUAUUCUGGAGUUGAGCUUUGAGCAUAACUUUUUUGUCAUGUCAGCAUUGCUCCUUGACAGCUUGCCAAGGUUGUGUCUGUAACUUGCACCUGACAUGAGGCAGAUUCUGGAUAUGUUAACUGUAAAAAGCAUUGUUGUUUGGUCUUUACCAAUUUAAAAAGCUAUCUACAGAGAAAACAGCAAGCUUUAUUUUUAUCUGCAUGUGUAUUUACAGGCUGUCAUGAAUUUUCUCUUCUUAUCAGUUGUGAAUGUGCCUUUCUGCUUCUACCAGAAGACUUAGGCAGCUGCGAUGAGAAACAAUCCUACUUCUGCUCACAAUCCACUUAUAUCCCUUCAUAUCUCUGUGUUUUGUUUGGAAGUUCAAGAUGUUCAGUCCUUCCUCUGUCUUCAGCCCUGUAUAUUCCUGCAUGAAGCUUAUGCCCUGCCAGUGUGAUACAUAGGAAUUGCUGUCAUUAGAUGAAACAGGUGCUUGUGCAAAUAGAUCUCAAGGAAGGAAAUUAUUUAUUACUAAUACAUACUGAUUAGGAAGAGAGGAUAGUUCUUCUGUGGCCCUAAGAAAUUAAUGAAGGGGUUGGGAGGAUAAGGAAGCAAAGUGUGGGAGUUAAAAAUCAGGUGGGAAGUGGAGAUGUAGGAAUUAAAGGACUUUUGUUUAUGGUGUCAGAAAAGGGGCUGGUACUUGCAGGAGGGUCUCCUGAUUCUUUUCAAAUGGUGUUUGCUUUCUCAUGUUACAGCUGAGACAAUCAAAAGAGCAGCUGCUACUGAAAAGCUAAUUAUGCUAUCUCUCCUUUGUUAUUAAUUGGUGCCAAAUGUGAUGUUGCAUAGCCCCUGUAUGAAUCAGUCUGAGGAGUUAAACUGGCAAGAAGUUAUCAGGAAGAAAAAAUGUCUGUUAGCUUCUUGCCCUUUGUAAUAUGUGGUGGGAUCCAUCAAACCCCAGAAGUGCUGCACGGGAGGCAACAAGACUGAGGUGUUGAGAAAGCACUUCUCCUUGAGUUGAUGCAGAUGUAGCCUGAAACCACAGCUGAAGACCUCAGAUGAUGGAUGCAUUUGUGUCAAAGAGCUUUUUAUGAAGUGUCAAACAAGAAAGCUCUCCUUGUAUUCAAAUCCCAGAGUCUACUUCUGCAAGAAAGGACUGCCACCAAAACUUCUUGACAAGCCUUAAUUCUUCAGACCACAUCAGGAUAAGGAGGGGAUCGAAGUAAAGGGCAGAAUGUCAGAGCUGAGUGAUGAAGCCAGCGAGUCGGAGCUGCUGAGCUGCAGUCUGUCCAUGUGGCAUGGGGUGGGUCAGGUGCUGUGUCGGGAAGAGCUGGAUGUUCCCCUGGAUUUGCACACAGCCUCUUCCAUUGGCCAGUAUGAAGUGGUGCAGGAGUGUAUUCGGUGUGGAGACGUGGAUUUAAAUAAGAAGAAUUGUGGUGGCUGGACUCCAUUGAUGUAUGCUUCCUACAUUGGCCAUGACACCAUUGUGCACCUGCUGCUGGAGGCAGGAGUGAAUGUGAACAUCCCAACACCAGAAGGACAGACCCCGCUCAUGUUAGCCUCCAGCUGUGGAAAUGAAAGCGUUGCUUACUUCCUUCUCCAGCAAGGCGCAGAGCUGGAGAUGAAAGAUAUUCAUGGUUGGACUGCCUUAUUUCACUGUACCAGUGCUGGACAUCAGCAGAUGGUCAAGUUCUUACUCGACAACGGGGCGAAUGCCAACUGCAAGGAGCCUGUUUAUGGGUAUACUCCUCUGAUGGAAGCAGCUGCUUCUGGCCAUGAGAUAAUUGUUCAGUACCUUCUCAAUCAUGGGGUGAAAGCAGAUGCCAGAGAUAACACUGGAGCCACGGCGCGGACGCUGGCUAUGAAGUAUGGACAUACAAAGAUUGUGGGGUUGAUAGACUUGCAUGCAGCCCCAGUGCCCAAGGUCUUCUGCAGGGGUCCAGGAAAGUAUGAAGAGCUGAGCUCCUCAGAUGAAUCGUGCUCUGCUCCCCAGAGACAGAGACCUGUUCGUAGGACCAAGGGUCCCAGCAUCCAUGAUGGACCCCAGGCUUUGGCUAAGAUAACAGCAGUUGGAAUUGGGGGAAAGAAGCAGUCUCGCUAUGAGCAAGUCUUGCCCCAAGGUUAUGUUACCUUCAGUGAUGAUGGCAGCUGUGAAGCUGAUGACAUCCGGAACCGGGAUGUUACCUCUCCAAUUAAUGAGCAAGAUGUGGAGAGCAGCAGCAGCAGGGAGGAUAAUGCUUUCUUCACCAACAACUUAGCAGCCAUCAGGAGCAGCAGCAGCAGCAGCGAAUGCCUGACCAAGGCCUUAGGGGUCAGCAGUGAAGGCUCCUUGGAAAGCAAUGAGGAUUCUGACCAUGCAGGCAGUCCUCCUAGUAGGAAACAAGCCAAAAGCUUCAAGGUCAAGAACCGCUACAGCAGCAGUGAUGGUCAGUGGACCCACUGCCCAGGGAAGGCUGGAGCUUCCACUCAGCACCUCAUCUUUCCUGAGCCCCCUGCCUAUACAGGACCCCAGGACCUUGCAACAUUCCUUGAGCAAAUUGGGUGCCUGAAGUACCUGCAAGUGUUUGAAGAGCAAGAUGUUGACCUUCGCAUCUUCCUGACCCUCACAGAGAGUGAUCUGAAGGAAAUUGGCAUCACCCUGUUUGGACCCAAGAGGAAGAUGACUUCAGCUAUUGCCCGAUGGCACAGCAAUGCUCGGCCACCCAGCGAUGCCCUGGAGCUGGCCUAUGCAGAUCGGCUGGAAGCUGAGAUGCAGGAACUGGCCAUUCAGCUGCACAAGAGAUGUGAAGAGGUGGAGGUGAUGAAGGGCCAGGUAUGCCAAGAGCAGAAGCUGCGUGCAGUGGCAGAAAGCUGUCUGAUGGAGAGAGAUGAGACCUGGAAUGCUGUCCAGUGCCAGCUCAGAGAGGCUCAGGCUGUCACCAAGGAUGCUGGGGUCUUGCUGGACCAGAUCAAAUCCUGUCAAGCAGAGCUGUCCUCCCGGCUAUCGCAAGAGCAGGCAGCUGGCAGAGUGCUGGACACAAAGGGGAAGCUGGGAACUGCACGGGAAGGAUGGCCGCUGUCCUUGAAGUCUCUGAGCUUACCUGAGCUGUCAGCUGUCCUCGAGAAAUGUGUGGGAGAAAUGGGAAAAGCUCUGCAGAUGGUAACUCAAAACCUCCAAAGGCUCCAGGCCCCAGGGCAGGGUGCACAGAGCUGGUUAGAGCCGUAACAAAGCAGGAUGGAAUACUGACGUCGGGUGACUGUUCCACCCGGAAUCUGAGCGUGGAGGGAGAACGAGCACAAGGACGGUGCUGGCAGCGCUGCAGCUCUGUGGAGACUGUUGUGACAGCUGGCAGAGGUGUGGACAAAGGUCUUGGCCACCAUCAGAACGUGCCAGGAGAAUGAGGGAUGGCAGAGGACAAGGACGCGGCAGCUCUCUGGGCCUGGUUCCUGUCUAGGUUCCCAAGACUGUGCUGUUUGUGCUAGAAGUUCAAGUUAAGAGAAGAAAUCCCAAAGGAUUUAUCUGCCUUAAACUUCCUGCAGCCUUUGUUCAGGGCUACAUUGUGUUAGAAAGCUGACAGCUACCCACAGCCAUCAAGUAAUUAUCCCUUUCCACAUCCUAUCCUCCCCAAGGCCUCCAACAAAUGAGUGGUGGUUACUGAGGAGCUGACACACAAAAUGUGUCUGAGGCAGUAAGGAGUGCAGGCUUGUGAGAUGAGUAAAGUGAGCGGAGUUGGUGAUGUCUGAGAAACACAUGCAGCCAAGUCUAGCUGGAACAUCUUCCCUGCUGUUGUCUCAGAUCUAUACUUCAAAACUACUCCCUUCAGCUAGCCUGCCUUGGUUCAGUUCAGAUUCUUGCCCCCUUCAGGGCUCAUACUGAUCAUGUUCUUUACUUCCAAAGAACUUUUUUGUGGUAAAUGCUUUGUGGCAAGCAUUUACAAGCAGCAGACUCCAGUGGUCAGGUCUGCUGGUGCCAGGAUCCCAGCACUGACAGUGGUUGCAAAGCAGAUGUGUCCCUGGAAGGACAUGAGAGAGAAGGAAAAGCUCAAAACUGUUUGGUCUGCUUUGCCUCUGGCAAGUAGAAGAGUGCCAAGGCAGGCAGAACUGGGACUGAGGGAUUGGUCAGUUAAAAUGGAUUAAAAAUCCCAUCUCAAAUGUACCUGCAUGCUUCAGUCCUUGGCUGCUGCCUGCUCUUAGUUCUCAGGCUUCAGUGUCGGGAAAGAAGCCUGCCAAGACAUUCUAGUAUUGGCAGUGUGCUGUAGUUUCAUAGGGCAAACAAAAAGUGUGGGGAAAAGGCUGCCUCCCAAGGGGGGCUGCCUGAUCUCUUGAGCUGGGCAAAAAAUCACAGGAUGAUGAAAUUGUAGGGGUUGGAAGGGGCCUCCAGAGAUCAUCGAGUCCACGUGGGCACUGGUGACUGCUACAUGGAUGUAAAAUGGCUUCCAGAACUGCAGUGACUGUUCCUGUGUACUGCUGAGUCUUGGGGGAGAAUUAUCUUCUGUCUGACUGAUGGCCUUGAUGAAUCUGUAAUGGUCUCCAUCUAUUCCUUGAGAAGAAACUGCAUGCUCUUUCAGCACCUCUGAUUAAGAGCCAGAGAAAGUACAAAAAUCCAUCUCGGCUCCAUCCUUUGAGCUUGUCACUUCUGAUCAGCUGCCCACAGCUGUUCUGAUGAGCUGGAGCCCGGUUCCCCAGUGGUGGGGAUGACAUCUAGUUUGGCUGUGCUGCCUGGAGACAAUCUGGGGGCACAGAGGUGGGUACAGCCUGCACUGUGCAGUGCUGCAGCUUGUGUGUGCGUGGUGGUGUGCUCAGCUGGGGCGCUGAUUCCUGCUCACAUUUAACUCUUGUCCUUCAUUCCCUGUUCCAGAGUAUGGGUAGGCCAGAGACUCAAGUGUGAAAGAAGAAGGGAGUCCCAUGGGAUGGGUUCUGCAGGAGCCCAGAUGCCCCAAGGGGAUCAGCAGGAGUGGGGUUUUAUAGAGUAGUGUUCCAUUAAGGACAGCAGUUCAGUAUUCAGUGCUGAAAGGGCAGCUGUGCGAGCAGCAGGGUGUCUGGUGCUACCUGAAGUCAAGCUGUCUGUAUUAAGUAACACUUGUUACUCAGCUAAAACAAUAAAAGCUGAAAACCUGUU